GGAGCUCUCUGUCUCCUGCUACUUCAGCACUCUCUCAAUUAAACUUUACUCCCUCCCAUUAUGGGAGAUACGGCGUCGUUUUCGCUUCCUCCCGGUACCCAAUUUUACCCUUCCGAUCAACAACUAAUCAGCUACUAUUUAUCUUCAAAGAACGGCGCCGAUCACCGGAAUGGCGUUGGAUUUGACCUAAUUCGAGAAAUUGAUCUCUACAAUUUUGAUCCAUUUAAUUUGCCGGAUUCCGCCUGUUUCCGGUACGGUCGUGGUGGACGGAAGAGGCACUGGUUUUGUUUUGUGGCUAGGGUUUUGAAGGGAGGGAGGAGGAGAGCUGGUGGUGGUUAUUGGAAGAAGAGGGGUAGAGUUAGGGAUGUGGUGGGUGCGGGUGCAGGGAAAAUUGUGGUGGGUACGCGUAAAAGUUUUGAUUUUUAUUUGGGGGAUUGUACUAAGACUGAUUGGUUGAUGUAUGAGUACGCCUUAACUGGUCAUCCUAUGGCAUCUUUUGUUCUAUGCCGAGUUUUCAUCAAAUCUCAUCAUGGAAAUAACUUGUCAGGGCAUGUAUUUAGUUCCAACGGUGAAGAAAUUGUUUCGACAGUACGCCAUAUAGGUAUUCAAUUUGAUGGAUCAGCUGCACCGGUUACUGGCUCUAAAAUGCAUGACGAAAACAUGAUUGACCAGGAGAAUGAUGUCUCAAAGCUACCUAGUGGGUUAGUUCCCGACUUAAAUGGUCAAGUUGUUGCAGAAAAUGUUGCUAAGCAGAUUUGUCUUGAGAGCGACGGACCUCCAGUUCUCAAUGAUUAUUCUGCUCAGGAACUGGUUGCCAUUUUAGAAGGAGAUUUUAUUGAGUUGGAUGACCUUCUAUGCCCGCUACCGGGCAUUCACUAAAGGAAGCAACAACAAUCCCUAAAGUCCAACUACAAUUCCAAGCUAGUACCAUCCGUAACAAUCUCAAGCAAGUACCGUCGAUAAGAAUCACAAGCAAGUACAAUCAACUAGAAUCUCAAGCAACUACCAGUCAAUCAAGUACCGUCGAUAAGAAUCACAAGCAAGUACAAUCAACUAGAAUCUCAAGCAACUACCAGUCAAUCAAGUACCGUCGAUAAGAAUCACAAGCAAGUACAAUCAACUAGAAUCUCAAGCAACUACCAGUCAAUCAAGUACCGUCGAUAAGAAUCACAAGCAAGUACAAUCAACUAGAAUCUCAAGCAACUACCAGUCAAUCAAGUACCGUCGAUAAGAAUCACAAGCAAGUACAAUCAACUAGAAUCUCAAGCAACUACCAGUCAAUCAAGUACCGUCGAUAAGAAUCACAAGCAAGUACAAUCAACUAGAAUCUCAAGCAACUACCAGUCAAUCAAGUACCGUCGAUAAGAAUCACAAGCAAGUACAAUCAACUAGAAUCUCAAGCAACUACCAGUCAAUAACAAUCCCAAGCAAGUUAUGUUUGGAAAUUACUAGCAUGAACUUCAUACUGGAUUAUAUCAGUGAAGGCGACAAAAAUGGUAUUCAUGUCAAUUUUCAGAAUAUUAGAAAGUUACGUCUUAAAGAGGUCAUAAAAAGAGUGAAGUUAUCAAAUUGUGAGAUCACCUCCUACAGCGACAAUUAUUGUUGAAAAUGAGCUUAAGAGGAUUACAUCAGGUGACUAAUGGCUUAGAUUAUGCUGUUGUCUGGAUGAAUAUCUGGACAGUUAUCAAAUUUUAAGGUCAUGUAUAGUUGUAUACAAUGAUUUGAUAUCUGAAAAUCAUCUCAAGAGAGUUGAUGGGGUGAAAAUGAGGCUCGCAUUUUACAAUCAUACAAUUUGUUUUAUACGAGUGAAGAGUUAAGUCAACCUUAUACACUGUCAUGAUUGAUGGAUAUCAGCUCAAUAGUAUUAGUCUCUGUGAAUAAUGCAUCGCAUUAUAGCUUUGCCUGGAUGGUCUUCUUAUCAGUUAUCAAAUUUCGAGGUCACUUUAUACAGUUUCAUGAUUGUUGAAGAUCAGCUCACGAUAAUAGAUGGAGUGAGUAAUGUGAACAUAUUUUUCUGGGAACAUUUACCUGGAUGGAUAACUUGUAUAGUGGCUUUAAGAUUAAACCACUUUGUACAGUGUUAUGAUCCUAAAAUCAGCCAAGACAAUUAAACUGGGUGAGCACUGAGCAAUGGCUAGCAAUACAUGGUUAUGGAUUGAUAUCUCAACAGUUACCAAAUUAUGAGGUCAUUUUUUACCGUGUCAUGCUUGCGGAAAAUCAGCUCUGGAUAAUAGAUCAGGUUAGUGAAGUCCAUAGUUUACAAUUACAUGGAUGGAUUUAUUGUAUAUGGGUGAGAGUUCAAUCACUUAAUACAGUGUCAUGAUUGCUGAAAUUCAGUUCAAGAGAAUUAGACUGGGCGAGUCCUGUAUCCUAGCUGUUAUCAAGCUAUGAGGUCACUUCAUACAGUGUCAUGAUUGCUCACAAUCAGUUCAAGGUAAAAGAUCGGGUGAGUAAAGUUCGGAUUAAACUUGUACAAUUGGGUGGAUGUCUUGUUAAAGGGUUUGAGUUGAAUCACUUAAAGAAAUGGGAAGAGUUCACACGAAACCAACAACAGCUAUAGCAAUAAAAUUUGAUAUCUUGUAUGGUGAAAGAGUAAAACAACAAAAGCAACAACAGCUAUAGCAAUAACGUGGAUGUGGAUACGGUUUUUUUAUGAUGAAGGAAACCCGCAGCCACCACCCUUUGUGUACUCACAAGGUAACAUGGAUGGAUAUCUUGUAUUCAAUGAGAAGUUAACCGCAGCAAACAACAGAAAGAAGUAUGUAAUAAUACCAAGCAAGUUGGAUAGUGAAGAGUUAACAAGUUGCUCGAAAGACGAUAGGAUGUGACAAUGUCAGUUAUGAGGGUGACAAAUAUGUCAGGACACCAUUGAUGGUGGGAUAGCAGGUGUCCAGUGGAAUAGUUGAGGUGUGCACACGCUAUAGCAUGAAUGCCAUCGUCGGGAAAAAUGCCAGGAGACCAAUUCUCUUGCUUUCAAGACCGACAAUUUUGGCUUCUUGAUAGACGAUAACCUUGGUGAUAUAGUGAAGAGUAGAUGGAUGUUCAGCUUAGUUAAGGUUAUUGGUACGUUUUGGUGAACUUUGAGGUGUACGUUUUGAAGAACUUUGAGGUGUAAGAUAAAAUCUCUACAUCACCUUCUUAUGCUUCACGUCUUUCAUUUCUAGCAGGUGUGCUUUCGUAGUAGCUUGUAAAGAAUGUAAAACUUCACGGUCCAGUUCCAGAUAAGUCUGUUUUUUCGCAAAUCCUUGUACAAGACAGUAGCGUAAUGAGAAUCUGAUGAUUCUCUUUUACAUCAAGUAGUUUGGUAUGUGUACUAUAUGUUCUUUAGGGUCUUUACAUAUGCACUAACAGUAGUUCAUGAAGCUUGAAACUGUUGUUGUACUAUAUUAACACUACAAAAUAUGAAUGCAGAAGAACUAGUGGUAUUACUUUGGAUGGUUUUUUCCUGUUCUCAAUAACAUAAAAUGAUUGGAAGUAACACUCGUGAAAUCCUACAGUUGAAGAUGCUUGGUCAUACUCAUCUUUCGCCCUUGAGUAUCCAAUCAUUCAAAAGAUAGAGGUGGUCAUCGUGUAUCUUUGUUUUCUGUAAAAAA